AUGUUGGGACUUAAGGGCAACGAUGGUGGUGGAAUUGGGGUUGGUGUUGGCAGUGGAGUUGGGGGAAGUAUUGGUAAUGGUGGAAGUGGUGAUGGUAGAAGAGGUGGUGAAAGCAGUGGUAAAGGAAAAGGUGGUUGUGGUGGAGUUCGAGGUCGUAAUGGUGGUGGUGUUGGUGCUGGAGUUGGAGGAGGUGGUGGUGUAGAAGCUGGGGGAGGUGGUGGUGGAGGUGAAGGAGGGGGUGCAAGUGGUGGUGUAAGAGCUGAAGGAGGUAUUGGUGGUGGAGGUGCAGGUGUAGGUGGAGGUGUAAGAGCUGGGGGAGGUGUUGGUAGUGGAGUUGGUGCAGGUGGAGGUGGAAGUACAAGUGGUGGUGGAGUUAGAGGAGGUCGUGGUGGCAGAAUUGGUGGAGGUGCAAGUGCAGGUGGUGGUGUAGGAGUUGGGGGAGGUGGUGGUGUAGGAGUUGGGGGAGGUGGUGGUGGUGGAGUUGAAGGAGGUAGUGGUGGCAAAGUUGGUAGAGGUGCAGGAGCUGGGGGAGGUAUUGGUGGUGGAGUUGGAGGAGGCCGUGGCGGCGAAGUUGGUAGAGGUGGAGGCGUAGAAGCUGGGGGAGGUGUUGGUAGUGGAGUUGGUGCAGGUGGAGGUGGAAGUGCAAGCAGUGAUGUAGGAGUUGGGGGAGGUGUUAGUGGUGGAGUUAAAGGAGGUAGUGGUGGCAUAGUUGGUGGAGGUGUAAAUGGUGGUACAGGAGUUGGGGGAGGUAAUGGUGGUACAGGUAGAGGUACAGGUGCAGGUGUAGGAGUUGAGGGAGGUGUUGGUGGUGGAGUUAGAGGAGGUGGUGGUGGUGUAGGAGCUGGGGCAGAUGUUUGUGAAGCUAGAGGUGCAGGUGCAGGUGGCGGUGCAGGAGCUGGAGGAGGUAUUGGUGGUGGAGGUGUAGGUGUAGGUGGAGGUGUAGGAGCUGGGGGAGGUGUUGGUAGUGGAGUUGGUGUAGGUGGAGGUGGAAGUGCAAGUGCUGGUGGAGUUGGAGGAGGUCAUGGUGGCAAAAUUGGUGGAGGUGCGAGUACAGGUGGUGGUAUAGGAGUUGGGGGAGGUGUUGGCGGUGGAGUUGGAGGAGGAAGUGGUAGCGGAGUUGGUGGAGGUGCUGGUGGUGGUAUAGGAACUGGGGGAGGUACUGGUGGUACAGGUGGAGGUGGAAGUACAAGUAGUGGUGGAGCUAGAGGAGGUCGUAGUGGCGAUAUUGGUGGAGGUGUUGGUGCAGGUGGUGGUGUAGGAAUUGGGGAAGGUGUUAGUGAUGGAGUUGGAGAAGGUAGUGGUGGCAGAGUUGGUGGAGGUGCAAGUGGUGGUAUAGAAGCCGGGUUAGGUAUUAGUGGUACAGGUGGAGGUAUAGGUGCAGGUGUCGGAGCUGAGGGAAGUGUUGGUGGUGGAGUUGGAGGAGGUGGUGGUGGAAGUGUUAGUGGUGGUGGUGGAGCUGGAGGAGGUAUUAGUGGAGGUGGAGGUGCAGGAGCUAGAGGAGAUAGAAGUACAAGUGGUGGUGGAGUUGGAGGAGGUCGUGGUGGUGGAAUUGGUGGAGGUGUGAGUGCAGAUGGUGGUGUAGGAGUUGGCGGAGGUGUUGGUGGUGGUGGAGUCGGAGGAGGUAAUGGUGGCGAAGUUGGUGGAGGUAAUGUUGGUGGUAUAGGAGCUGGAGAAGGUACUGGUGGUACAGGUAGAGGUACAAGUGCCAGUGUAGGAGCUGGAGGAGGUGUUGGUAGUGGAGUUGGAGGAGGCAAUGGUGGCAAAGUUGGUGGAGGUGGAGACGUAGGAGCUGGGGGAGGUCUUGGUAGUGGAGUUGGUGCAGGUGGAGGUGGAAGUGCAAGUAGUGGUGGAGCUGAAGGAGUUCGUGGUGGCGAAAUUGCUGGAGGUGCAGGUGCAGGUGGUGGUGUAGGAGUUGGGAGAGGUGUUGGUGGUGGAGUUAGAGGAGGUAGUGGUGGCAAAGUUGGUAGAGGUGCAAGUGGUGGUAUAGGAGCUGGGGGAGGUAUUGAUGGCACAGGUGGAGGUACAGGUGCAGGUGUAGGAGCUGAGGGAGGUGUUGGUGGUGGAGUUGGAGGAGGCUGUGGUGGCAGAGUGAUGGGGUGA